AUGACGUUGGUUAACCGCAGAGACCAGGUUUACUGGUGGUACUUUUUGGUCCACAUCCCCAUUACGAUAUUCAUGGACCUGAACCUUGUGGUGCCGCGAGAGUACCAGUGGUCACAGUCGCUCAAAUUACUCGACUUCCACAUUGCCACCAACAACGAUAUCUUGUUGAUCGACCGUCCCGACUGGCUCCAGGUGUUUGGGGCGUUUGAGCUUUUGUUCCAGCUCCCGUUGUUCUUCUAUUUCGUGUACAUGAUGCCUCGCCCCACUCGCCAGCACUGGGUGUGGAUGGUGGUGUACGGCUUCAACGCGGCGUUCACGACGUUGGUGUGUCUCUUCUACAUCUACUGGGACCAAGGACGACUUAGCGACGUCGAAAAGUACAAGUUGAUGGCGAUCUACGUCCCGUACUUGGCGUUGCCGUUGGUGUUGAUGCUAGACUACGCCCGCCGCAUCUCCGCGGCCUUGGCGGUUAAACCCAAGCAGUUGUAA